GAAACCACAGACACAAACAAGGAGGGGGUGGGGGAAGGAGGAAGGAGCUUAAGACACUCCGGGAGAGUAGCGCACACCCUCCCAUUUUGGGCUCGCGCUGCUGCCGUUAAGGCGGGAACCGGCAUGAUCUCUACUCCAGCGCGAGCCUCACCAACCACCGUGCGCGCGGAUCCGGAGGCUCGCGCUGGCGGCCUGAGCGAGCUCGCGCCGAGCCCAGACACUGCGCCUGCGCCGCGGCAGAGACUCGUCUCUACCGGGUCCGCUCCCUUCCGACACCCCGGCAACGCCGACUCCUCACCCCUUUGAGCCGCUUGACCAGGGCACUCUUCUGCCCGCUCUUGGCUAGGCCUCGCUGCUCCAGUGCGGCCUUCAGGUCGGUCACCCGCAGCGCCUGCAGAGGCUUCCCGUCCAGAGUCACCUCCUCCAGCUCCGCCAUCUUGCGUGAGGUACUCGGGUCCGUCCCGACGGCUUCGGGCAUCUUCGGUAAUUUCCGCCAACGCCCUUCGAACGUACCGAGCCGACCCCGCCCACUACCAUAGUCUACCCCUCGAUUACCACUUAGAACUCCCCGGGUUCCUCCGUGACCGCUCGGGUGUUUCCGUCUCUACAUCGGCACCAAUCGGUUCUUUGCAUUCGUUCCGCCGCUCCCCCUCCCUCGCCCUGCUUUCAGGCUCGAUUAUUUUCGUUUUGCCGAGCCUUGAAUCGAAUCUAUUCGGAAGCCUUCGACUUUGGCAUAGCCAUAAUCGGACAUGUUCGGCUGUCUCCGGACAUGGAGCUGAGGCGCGGGGGCGCUUGGGUGUUUUGGGGCUGGGCCGGGGCCGGAAGUGCGUGGGCUGUCGGGCUGGCUCUGCUUAGGGUUUUCAGGAAACAUGGAAGAGGCGAAGGUAGUUGGAGUCUAAGGACUCUUGUGACGAUCUCCGGGUGCCCUCUGAGAGGAAAGGGGAGGAUGCCACUGGAAUCAUCUUCCUCUUCAAUGCCACUAUCUUUCCCUUCUCUCUUACCCUCAGUACCAGACAAUAUUACUAACUCUUCCCCUCCCUCAAUGUCUUACAUCACUUCCCAAGAGAUGAAGUGUGUUCUUCACUGGUUUGCCAAUUGGUCAAGUCCCCAGCGUGAACGUUUCCUACAGGAUUUGGUAGCUAAGGCAGUGCCAGGAAAGUUACAGCCACUGCUGGAUGGUCUGGAGCAGCUUAGUGUGUCUGGGGCAAACCGACCACCCUGUAUCUUUGAAUGCCAGCUACGUCUUUGGGAUCAGUGGUUUCGAGGUUGGGCUGAGGAGGAGCGCAAUGAAUUUGUCAGGCAGCUGGAGGUCAGUGAGCCAGACUUCGUGGCAAAGUUUUACCAAGCAGUGGCUGCUACAGCUGGUAAAGACUGACAGGCAUUCACAUCAAAGAAGAUAACCACAACUGAUGGAGCCAGGGCAAUGACUCUACAGUGAGAACUAAAUUCAAAUGUGUCAUUGAAAGAUCUAGGAGUGGUAUACUGAUCAGCUGACUGAAUUUGCUGACCAGCACAGGCAUAGUUAUUUCAACAUUAACAGCAUGCCAACUGGACUCCUAGGGUAAAUGUUAUCCAUCUAAGCAAUCCAGAUCAUCAUUCUGUCUCCUAGUUUGCUUCUUUCCAAGAGAUGGCAAACCCUCAAGAAUUUGAUAACUUCUUUUGCAACUAUAACCAAAAGGAACCUAUACAUUAUAACUCAAGCCUACUGCUGGCCCAUGAGGAAUAAAAGUGGAGCUCUCCUUUCCCAGAAACAGGAGAAAAGGGCAAUAAAAGGUCAUAUUUUUAUAGUUUAGCUGGAUUCAGAUGGCUGGUUUUACCACCCUGACCAGAUUCUUGCCUGAUUAUGUGACAUCCCAACCACCAGCUUUCUCAGUGAUGAUUUAGUAAAAUUAUGGAAAAUCAGGAGAGGAAGAUAGUUACUCUCUUCCACAGUGUUUAUUUGAAUCCAGAUAGCAAUGACUUUUUUUCUAAAGGGUAUGUGAUAUCCUUGGAGCUGGUAGCAGGUGUUCCGAUUCUGUGAGUUUGCUCUGCAACAAUAGGAAAACAAGUGAUACUCUUCACAGGUUGAAUGGUUUAUUUUUUGUACCAAAAUAAAUAAUGGAUCUUCAGAACCAUAAGACUCCACUUUCUUUUCAUUACAAGGCUAGUAUAAAGUUGAUAUCUGGGGACAGAGGAAUUGCGAAGAAAGUAGAACUUAAGUGUACACAGUAGAUUUGCCAUCCUGUUGUCUCCCAAGAAAUAAUAAUAAUAUUAUUCUUUCCUACCCUCUGUCGUGUUGUGGGUAACAUCACACCUCCCUUAUUUGUCCAACUGGGCCCCUUGUGCUGUGGAGCUGUGGUGAAUGGUAAGGGGCAGAUGGUCCCACCUGAAGAGAAGCUCGUUUCUGAUAAGCCACAAUUCCCAGUGCACCCAUGAGGAUUAGCAGCAUUAGGCAGAGUCCUAUGGACAGACUUCCAUGGGUCUUGGAGGGAUUAUGGUCCAAGGUAACCAGCAACCUGGGAACAUAGAAGGUAAUAUUUGGCCUGGAAUAAUGCCUAGGCCUAGGAGCUUAAAGGGCUUUACCUUUGCAUGUAGAAUUCAUGAAACUGCUUCAUCUAAGCAUUAUGCUAAACAGGAAAUCGAUAAGGGAAUAUAGAACCUAAGAGUAGGAAUUAGACUAAGAGCCAAGUCUUCUAGCAACUUAAAUAGUUAGGAGACCUAACUUGUAAGUGAGGGGAGUGGCUUAAGAGAACAGUCUGACUAUGGUGUUGCUAGAUAUGAUCCCUGGGUAGAAAGGAAGAUUAGGAUCCCUACAUCAUAGAGAUGGGGUAACUCCAUUGUAUUUGGGGAGGGGGUCACAGAGUGAUGGGUUGGAGGUGAUCAUGUUAAUCAGGAAUCUUUGUUUUCUGAAAUAUAUAACUGUUCUAGGGCAAUAUACACGUGAAUGAGUGCUUAAUAAAUGCAAAUUUCAAACAUCUGGACUGUGAUCAAAAUGUGAAAGAAAACUACUUGGAAUAUUAUCUUACUUGCUAUAUUCUGCAAUAAAGCUGGCUUCUCCAUGA